UAUCCUAUAUAACGAAGCCAACUUUACAAGGCAGCAGAGAAACCAAAGAGCACAACCAUCCUUCGCAAACCCUAAUAGCGAAGGCCAUCAUCAAUGGCGAGCAAGCUCGCGGUGAUCCAGGCUCUCGACAACACUCGCACACAAUGGUAUCACUUCACGGCGAUUGUCAUCGCCGGCAUGGGGUUUUUCACUGAUGCGUACGACCUCUUUUGCAUCUCCACCGUUUCGAAGCUCUUAGGUCGUAUCUAUUAUGCCGAUCUCAACGACAAUGCACCAGGUAAGCUCCCCCACAGGAUCAACAACGCCGUCACCGGUGUGGCCCUGAUCGGAACCCUACUGGGCCAGCUUUUCUUCGGGUACCUUGGCGACAAGCUUGGCCGGAAGAAGGUGUACGGUAUAACCCUACUCCUCAUGGCGUUCUGUGCCAUCUGCUCCGGCCUCUCCUUCGGGUCCACGAGCAAGUCCGUGAUCGGGACCCUCUGCUUUUUCCGGUUCUGGCUUGGCUUCGGCAUCGGUGGUGACUACCCUCUGUCAGCGACCAUCAUGUCAGAGUACGCGAAUAAGAAGACGCGUGGCUCUUUCAUCGCAGCGGUCUUCGCCAUGCAAGGCGUGGGGAUCAUCUUUGCCGGCCUCGUCUCCAUGACCCUGUCGUGGCUCUUCCUCAUCUUGUACCCGGGCGAUCCGCUCGACAAGGCGCCGUAUUUCGUCGCUCAGCCGGAGGCAGAUUACCUGUGGCGGAUCGUGCUCAUGAUCGGCGCCUUGCCUGCUCUUCUCACUUUCUACUGGCGGAUGAAGAUGCCCGAGACGGGACGCUACACGGCCCUCGUCGAGGGGAACGCGAAGAAGGCCGCGAUAGACAUGGGCCGAGUCCUUGAAAUGGAACUUGAAGAGGAGCAAGAGAAGGUGUCGCAAUUCAGGACGGCUAACGAGUACAAACUGUUCUCGAGUGCCUUUUGGGAGAAGCACGGUUGGCACCUAAUAGGCACAAUGAGCACUUGGUUCUUACUAGACAUCGCCUUCUACAGCCAAAACUUGACCCAAAAGGACAUUCUCCCGGCAAUGGGUCUCAUACCGAAGGCCACUCAAAUGGGUGCUGUUCGUGAAGUCUUCAUGACCUCGAAAGGCAUGUUUAAGAUCGCGCUGCUCGGCACAUUCCCCGGUUACUGGUUCACUGUAUUUUUCAUAGAGAGAUUGGGGCGGUUCAAGAUCCAGCUCGUCGGCUUCUUCAUGAUGUCCGUCUUCAUGCUUGCCAUCGGGAUCAAAUACAGAGACCUCAAGGACCCGGCCAAGCACGAGGCAUGGCUGUUCGCAAUCUUGUACGGGCUGACCUUCUUCUUCGCCAACUUCGGCCCAAACAGCACGACCUUCGUCCUGCCCGCGGAGCUCUUCCCCACCCGGGUGAGGUCCACGUGCCACGCCAUGAGCGCAGCAGCUGGGAAGGCGGGGGCUCUGGUCGGCGCCUUCGGGGUCCAGACGUACACUCUGGACCAGACGACGCCCAAGAUCCGCGGGGCGAUGAUGUUCAUGGCGUUCACGAACAUGCUAGGGUUUUGCUGCACGUUCUUGGUGACGGAGACCAAAGGGCGGUCCUUGGAGGAGAUAUCGGGCGAAGACGACGGGCAGGACCAUACUGAGGAGGGGAGUGAAUACAAAUAA